AUGUCCAAGCCCCAUUUGAAGGAUCCUUUUCUCUUCAAGGAGCUCUCCUUCCCUCUGCCACCUAAAAUUCCACCCCACUCAGCCCCACCCUCUUCCCCAUCUUCCCCAAAUUGGGUCGCUCCGUCUGACCACCAACAAGCUCAGAUCAAGGUCCCAUUUCUGACACUGGCCCAGUGUCAAGCCCUGGAGUGGCAUCUGCGGCAGAGGCAGCUCCAGCUUCAGUGGGGUUUGCCAGCAGUUUUCCAGAGAUCUCAGCACACUCAGAGCCCCGGGCAGUAUAAGCUCUGUGACAAAGCCCAGUCUCCUGAGACUGGGAAAACUUCUUGGCCAGGGAAGUCCAGCUCAGUCCUGACCAGAGAACUCUGCUUCUUCCCGGAGCAUGGCCGGAGGCUGCUGGGAUUCCACCUCCAGAGGCAGCUGAUUCACCAUCGCUGGGGCCUGCCCCAGAAGAUCCAGCAGUCCAUCCAGUUGUUCCUGUCCCCCACUGACCAGCAGACUCUGUCCUGGAACAGCACGGCCCAGGCCAAUGUGACUGUUCCCCAACCUACAGCCCUAGAGGUCAUAGGGGCUGGUGACCCAUUCUCACCCGUCACGGACCCAGUGUCAGGCCCUAUGCCACACUUCCUCAACCAGGCCAAGGCAAUACUGCAGAGUCACAUCAACUCCAAACGUGGGCAGAUUCACCAGGGCAAGGUCCCUGCCUGUGUCUACAGCUCGUGGGAAUGCAUCAUUCCCGGGGGCCUGGAAGGGGCUCCCUUCACCUGCAUCCCAGAAAGCAAGCCCCUCGAGGGACAGCCAGCCACUGACUCUGAUCUACAAUAGGAAGUUACACCCUGGAUGCCAACAGCCCUCAAUCAGCAGCAACGAGCCUCUGCAGAUGCUGUCACUGAACAUCCUAAGCUGCCCCGGGCCCUGUCCAAGGGAGCCCUUGAGAAACUGGAGACGACUUUACGGCACAAGUAUCUGGCCUUCUUGUCAGGGCUGCCUGCUCUCUGUUACGUGGCUCUCUCCAGGGCCAUGGCCCCAGCAAACACUACUCAAGCUCUAACCCCAGAGAAGGUGCCUGGGCCUGUCGGAUUCCCCAAAGAACCCGUGACUCAGGUGACCUCAUCUGAAGAGCAGUGUCGAAGUCCUGGGCCAUGCUUUCAAGAUGCCAACAAGACUUGUGCAGACUCUGCAGAUGAGCUCC